GUACAGCCCACCUCCUCGCCGCCGCCGCCGCCGUCGUCGUCGCCUGGUAGUCGCCCGGGGCCCCGUCAUGUGGGCGCAGCUCUGACGAGGAGAUGAAUGGAAGCACGAAAGGCGGCGGCCUUCGCAGCGACGGCACGCGUUUCCCGGCCAGAAGUCGUCUUGCGUCGCCUGUAUUCACACAGAAUGCGGUACGAGUUGAUCUACUUGAUCUACCUUCCACCUCGUCCACCGCCACGGCUGAACUCUCGAACUGUACUCGCGCGGCCAAUCCGCGAGUGUCGCAUCUUCGCUCCACGACCAGAACGUCGCAGCCGCUGAAUAAUGCGUUACCGGAAACGAAGCACGAGACAGUGGUUAACUACGACUUCACAGACGAUCCCGCUCCACCGGACAGUUGUUGUUGCGGAAAAGUAAAAAUACAGGUGGGCUGUCGCAUAAUAGCAGUCUGUUCGCUGCUAGCGAUCAUUGCCAAUGCGGUACUGUAUUUCUUCGGUAUUCCACGGUUAGGUCUCAGUGGAACAAUAGAGAUCUUUUUGCUCAUUGUCGACUUUCUCACUGUAUUCUUUUUAUUCCUGGGACUUUCAAAGCAACGAGCUGGUCUACUCAAGCCAUACCUGUUUUUCAAUUCCCUCUGGACAUUGUGCCUUUGUUUAUUGCUAAUUGUAUGCUUGUGGAGACUCAUCAAAGGUGCUGAACUUUCAAACAAUAUUCUAUCAAACUUGCAAAACAUUCGAGCACAGCCGAUGGAGCCAUUGGAAGACGACUACCACCAUCAUCGACUCCAUCCCACAUCAUCUGCCUCUUCUGGAGUGUCGAGCCUCGUAACAGCAGCGGUGAUGCUCGGACUCGUCGCAAUCAUUAUCGUUGACGGCUUCUUUGUGCAUAUUGUCUAUCGUACAUUCCACUUCUUCGCUUAUCAAGAAGAUAAGGCUAAGGAGCACAGAAACAAUCAGACGAUGUCAACAUCGCUGUAAAAGACACUCGUACAAAGAGCAUGUCUCUCUCUGGGAUGAACCAUUUUUGAGUCCGUGAGCGGACUAGAGGCGGAGAAGAAAGAAAAAGCGAGAAAAAUCCUUUGAAAUCGCUGCUCUCUACAAAUUUAUGCAGAAGUCGCUGAUGGCCUAGGAUGCAGUGAGCAAGUCCUCCUUUUUCCUGAAUCUUGAUAAAACUUCCCUUUUUCCAUUUUUUUGUGUUAAACCUCAAUCAAUUGUCUUUCAUUCUUGUCCAGAAUAUGUUCUGAACUGCACACCUCUGAUCUCUUAUUGUACCUCUGAGACUUAAUUUCUCGUGAUGUGUAUCUCUCUUGCGAACUUCGGGUCACACACAACCAUAUACUAACUGUGUUUAUCGCC